CUACCAUAUAAGCUUCCUAUUAUGGUGAUGGCAGCAAUGGUGUUCAUCAACAGCUCAUUGUUGGUCAUAGCUUAACAAGAGCUCAGUGAUCAUGAUCUCUCCACACAAUGCAUAUGAUGAAGGCACUGAAAGCCCCUCAAACAUCAGAACUAGGGACCUACAUUGCUGAUACUGUUUCACAUUGGUGUUGGAGCUGGGAUUGCAGAGUACUUGUGAAAGUUACAGAUCCUUCACACAGUUUAUCUGAGAACAGCAGAGCUGAAGCAAUGCAGUCUCAGUUUACAUCCAUCCUGGUUUGCUAAAGAUUUUCACGUGGGCAAUCAGUGGCCAGCCUCGAUAUGAACUUAUGCAUGCUUUUACGGGUAUAAAUUGCAAGUAGGUUCCUGGAUUUCUAGUGAUACACAACUGAGUGCUUUCAAAACUGGAAAAGCAGAAGCAUUAGAUGCCAUUCCAAACAGGUUGUGGAAAUUUAUGCUCCUGAAGGGUGCUGCUUACACAUUUAUGAUUCCAGAAUUAACAAAAACAUCAGCUGAAUGUUGGGCCAACAGAUUUAUUGGUGUUAUCAGAGUCGUAAAGGUUGGUGUUAUUCCACCUUCUCUUGGUCUUUUUGUGGGUAGAUCCACUGACCGUAAUUCUGAGCUUGUAAGUCUUCGAGGAUUCUUACAUAUAUGCCCUGACUCAAUUUGGAUUAAUCGAUAUCAUUCAUAAUACAGCCUGCAUAAUUUUUUUUGAAUGAUGAUUAUUCUUGAAUGUCUGACAAAGCUCUAUUAGUCCAUACUAGUCUCCACCGGAAGGUGAGAGACCAAAUCAUUGUGCGUAGUAUGUUUCUUUUCAGUACAAAAGCUCAAGUUCCAACUUAUCGCUGUGUGCAAAAGCUCUAGUUUUUGUAGCUUGAGGUUACCGAAACACGGAAGCAUGUCUGCCAUUAGAUUUCCACCGGAGCGGAAGAAUGGGAAGCUGAGACUUCAUUAAGAUUCGUGCAAUGACGAGCGACUCGCGAGGAUGAGUUGAAGAAGGCAUAUCACGUCAACACAACACGUCCAGUUGUAGGAUUUUGUGAGCCUCCCUUGCGCACAUACAUUAUUUGACAACCAACCGUAAAGAUGCAUUUGAUGUGGGAAAGCAUCAAAUUGACAACUGGAACGAAGGUAUGGCCGUGCGUCCGACUCGAUCAGGGCCGUCCAGGCGGCGAUCGGACGCCCGCCGUGCGGCCUCCGGGCGUGGCCAGCGGGAGGGCAUCAGGGGCGGGGCCCGCUGCUGACAGCCGUCAGAUGGGGGCCGUAGGGCGGAGAUUCCCCCCGUGAUAGAUGCAAACAGAGGAGCCACAGUGCGCUCCCCUCCCGAAGCACCGCGCCUGCGCACGCCGUCCUGCCCCGAAUCGACGGACCGGAUCGCGUACGGCCCCCAACCGACGGUCCACGUUCCCCCUCCCAGCAAUAAAAGGACGGAUUCAAAAGGGAGGCAGCGGCCGCGCCGCUCCAAUCGGGCUUAUUUAGCCCGUGACGUCCGCGAGAUUCCCCCCUCUCGCUCCCACCCCUCGUUCUCACACAUUCUCUCUCUCUUCUGUUUCGGUAUUCUUAUCUAUUGCUCGCUUGCCCGCUCGCUACGUUCUUCCGUGGCGACGCGAAGCCGCGGUAUCUUCUUCCCGUCGCACGCUCUUUGUUCGUUUGCCGCCCGAUCGCCUCGAUCCACCGCUGGAUCGCCCCGAUCUGAUCGUUGAUAGAUCAAAACUUUCCUGAAGACAUUUAAAUACAAACUGAAGAUUGUUGGACAAGAACUUGACGAACAGGGAAUGCAUUAUCUUAUUGUGACCAGAAAUAUCCUGAGCUAGUCACAAUUCCAUCAGGGUUAAUAUCAGAGAGAGCCUAUUACACUUGCACUUCCAACUGGAAAUAUUUAUAUCCAAUGAUUACCUACGAGCAAGAUUCUGAUAUUCAUCACUGGGGUUUCGAUUUUCUUCACUGUGACCUAUUUUCAGUCCCUCCAUAUUGUGGAGGCACCAGUCAGCAGGAUUCCAGUUUCUAUGAUACUUCUUAUGUUGGAGAAGGUGAUAUUGAUCCAGAAUGUGCAACCAUUGAGAAUGAUGAAAUUAUUGCCCAUGCUCUUCAAGAAGAACUUUCUCAACUUGCUGUUGCAGAAGCAUCGGGAUCUACACAUGCAGAGGAUGAGUGUCUUCAAGUAUCUGUUCUUACACAGGAUUGGUUUAGUCCAUAUAUGAGAAGUUAUAGUCCAGGGAAUGAGGAUGGCCAGGAUGAGGCUGAUGAUAUGGAACCCUCCAGUUCAUGUUCUAGUCCUAGGGAGAACUCAUAUAACGGGGAUGAAUGGUCAUUAGAAUUAACGGAUGAUUUUUCAGAUAUCGAAGGUGAAGUUGGUAAAAGGUUGAAUCACAUGGUCUCCAUUCCUCAUGUUCCUAGAAUUAAUGGAGAAAUUCCUUCUGUUGAUGAAGCCACAUCAGAUCAUCAGAGGCUCAUAGACAGAUUGCAGAUGUAUGAUUUGAUUGAGCUCAAGGUCCAAGGAGAUGGUAACUGUCAGUUCCGAGCACUAUCAGAUCAAUUUUACCGGUCACCUGAGCACCACAAAUUUGUGAGACAGCAAGUUCUCAAUCAGCUCAAAACUCAUCCUGAGUUCUAUGAGGGAUAUGUUCCUAUGGAAUAUGGUGACUAUUUGAAAAAGCUCUCAAAGAGUGGAGAAUGGGGUGACCAUGUGACUUUGCAGGCUGCUGCAGAUUCGUAUGGGGUCAAAAUUUUUGUGAUAACAUCCUUCAAGGACACUUGCUACAUUGAAAUUUUGCCCAGCUUUCAGAAGUCUAAGCGAGUAAUUUUCUUGAGCUUUUGGGCUGAGGUGCACUACAACUCAAUUUACCCGGAAGGGGAUCUCCCUGCCUUAGAUAUGAAGAAGAAAAAAAGAUGGUGGCAGUUUGGAAACAAGUAUUAGAUGAGGAAACAACCAUGGCCUUGGCUGACAUCCACACCUGGAAAAUCUCACAGCAUUGUUCACUUAUCAGAGGAUAUCAAUCAUGUGCUUCAAUGCUCGGAUUCAUAUUUAUCUCGUAAGAUAUCUAUGCAUUUCAGGAAUGACAGUUUAUUGUUUCAAUCUCCUAUGACUUGUUCAUCUAAGCUUUGGCUGUACGGGUUGCCCAAGCCAAGGCUCAUUGCUCCCUAGAGCAUGUUAAGACUCCCCUUCAGAAAAGAAAUAAAGAUGACAGGAUGUUUCAUUUUUCAGACUAAAUGUAAAGCUGCGAAAGGGCAUGAAAUUUGUAUUGUUGUGGGGAA